AGGUACAACCAAUCGGGUUUGAAUAUCUAGAGUUGUUCCUGAGAACACAAUUUUCUCUAAUAGCUAUACACUUCCCGGUUCACCCGCAAUAAACUUUCCAACGAUUUAAAAUGUGGUGACCAUAAGGCUAUGAUGGGUGUCGAGAAUAACUUGAUAAUUUCAGGUGCCAUAUUGUUAGUUUUUCUGUUUGGACAAACUGACGGAUAUAAUUAUGACAUAGGAUUUGAAUAUCGGUAUCGGUACAAAGCAGAAUCACUGGUUCUCGGAGAUUUUAGAGUCGUUACCAUUGUAAAGUUCCACGUCAGACCGUUAGAGCGGAGGAAUGGAUCCCUCAUCUGUCACCUCCACGUGGACAGCUUCACCCAGUCUGCAGGAGGAAGAACACAGACCAAUCCUGUGGGCUGGACCUUUAAGAAUGGGUUCGAGAUUUCGAUAUCUGAAGAUGGUUUGAUUACUGAAAUAGCACAUCAUCAUAAAGAAACAGCUGACGUACUCAACUUAAAGAAGGCAUUAGCUAGUGUGCUGUCAGCAAAGGGGAAGUAUGACCAUAAUGGCAAACAGAAGUUUAAGAACUGGGAGCACGACCAUGCAGGUUAUCUGGAACAUCAGUAUACCGUUCACACAACUCCAUCAGGCUACAGAGUAAACAAGUUUCAUGAGAGCAAGGACCAUGUCUACAGAAAACACGCUAAGACAUUACAUUAUAGUCACGCUGGUCUUAUAGAGUACGUGAAAGCUGAUGAUAAAAUUAUUCUUCGAAGCAAAAAUAAGAAUAAACCCCCAGAAACAAGGUACUCUAUUCCAGUCAAAAAAGAAAUCGAAGAAGAAACAACUGGGGAAUUGAAAGAUAUUGAAUCAAGCACGUCCACGGAAGUGAAGCUCAUCAGCAGAGUAGACCUUAGCAAAGCGUCUGCAAUUCCGUCACUACACAAUCAUUUGAAAGUGAAAGACAGUAUAGUUGUUCAAAGGCAAAAACCAGAAAAGACCAGUUUAUCAAAAGUUGAAAAAUAUAUUGAAACGAAUGUGUCUUGUAUCUUGUCAUACAAUGAUGAAGUUCACAGAGAUAGAAUGGAUUGUUUUGCACACCUCUUACAGUUAACCCAGCGCCUCCAGAAAGACGGAUACGAGGAACUAGCCACGAGAGAGCUUUCUAGAAAAUGUCAAUCUAAUGACAAAUUGUGCAUUAACAGAAAAAAUAUAUUCAUCGAUCUUUUAUUGAAAGAGGGGCAGAAUAUUACACAGAAUUUAAUCAUUCAACAUUUCUUAAAAGACAAAAAUGUCAACGAAACAGUUAUUUUUCGGAUAUUUUUCCAUAUCUCGGACUUGAAACAUCCUUUAUUGGUAUUUUUAGAGGCUGUUGAAGAGCUAUGCCUGGGACAGAAUCAAACAAACAUAGGAACAAUCGCCAUGACGAAAAAGCAAAAGUAUGCUUGCUUGGCGCUAGGGACAUUGAUAAAAACUUAUAGAAACAAUAAGCAGCAUAGUGAAAAAAUAGAUCAUCUUCUGGAUUCACUGAAGAAGUGGCUGUCCCCACAUAACCAAACGAAUUACAAAGAAAUGUACAGAGAACGAAGACAACGUCGCUCAGUGGACAAAUUUGAUAGAAAACUCCAUAAUCAUACUUACUCAAAAAUGGUGUUGAUUCACACUCUGGGGAACUCGGGGAGUGCCAGAGACCACCUGUUAACAUACAUGAAGCCCGGAGAAGGAGACAACAGCUGGAGAAGGGCAGCUAUUUUAGGAAUGAGGCACUUUAAUUGUGUAGAGAGUUCUACUUCUUUACUUGAAUUGGCCGUUAACGAUGAACAUACCAUAGUCCGAAAGCAGGCAUUGGAACAUUUUGAAAAACAUCCUUUAUCAAAGAAAAGUGUUUCACAGCAUCGGGAUAUCAUAUUGAGACGGGACUAUAGAUAUCAAACAUUAAUGCGUAUUAAAAGAGGAAUUCUGAAGCUGCAAGCUGGAAUAGACGGUUUCCUAUUUUCUCUUAAAUUACCUGGUGUACAAUGGAGUAAGCAGCUCGGCAAAAGCUCACUUGGAGCCACAUUUGGACUUGAAUUGAGGAAUGAGUUACGACUAGAAAUAAAGCCCCUAAGUGCAUACGCCUUAUUGGAUAUUUAUGACGAUGCUUACGCAAAAGUCACGAUUGAUUGGCUGGAAAUUGACGAGUAUCUGUUUCGUGCUUUUGUGUGCUACAGAGGACAUGCCGGAUAUGACGUCAAUGUUCUAAAGGAUCUUGGAGUUGAUGGUAUCCAAGACUUGGUUUUGGUUUUCGACAAAAUAAUCAAAUCAGUUGUCGACCCAGUAAAAACUGUCAUUAAGAAUUUUGAAAGUAUUGUUAAUCGUAUGCAGGGCAAUGGUAUUCAAUACAUUGUCAAUAAAAUCAUAGAAUUAGUUAAGAAACUACCUAUCAUUUUAAAAACUAUCAUUAAAAAUGCCAUCAAAGCAAUCCUUAAAGUUAUUGAAUAUGGAGGAGUCCCUUGGAUUGAUCAAAUAAAGAAGAUAAUUACCAAGACAAGAUUAUUUAUAGAAGAAAUUAAAGAAGAUGUUACACAGUUUUACAAUACCAUUGCUGAUGCUAUCACAGUGACACUUCCUUACAUAGGGAAGAAACUGAUGGAUACUGUGGCAACAAUAUUUUGGGUGGUGAGGAAUUUCUUGUCAGAUCCGGUACAGUCCGUAACUAAGUUCGGAAAAUGUGUGUUAGAUAUAAAACUUGCGAUUGGAAUGUUUCUGGACGUGAAAAACAGAAUUGUAGAACAACUAUCCUUUCUGAAAGGUGGCACGCCAUUUUGGGUAGACUAUUGGGAGGAUUUUCAGGAGAUUUGGGGAGACAUCCAGGAUUUAUUUCGACUUCUAUUUGAUAAGAAAGAAAGUCAAACUACCUCCGAGUUUGACAAUGAAUUUUCUACAGCACUGACAGAUGGCAUUUCAACAACGAAAGAAAAAAGUAAUAUAUUCAUCGAGAUUAUUGAAAAGACGUUUGGAGAGGUUACAGCUCAAUUCAAAGAAACUUUGAUGGAAUUAGUAGAACCUUUUUUGAAAGCCUUCCAGUCUGUCUUAAAUGCAGUUAAAGCAAUCAAGGCAGCCUACACAGCUGUCAGAGACAUAUUUAUGAAAGUAAAGAACAUUGUUCAAAAGAUAUUCGGAUCCAAGUUUCAUAUUACAUUCCCCAAUCGACGGAGAAGUGAAGAUUCAACUUGUGGAGCUGGCGUUUUCCCAACGACGACCAACAACAGAUAUCAGACAAUAGGAGUUGAUGUGCAGGUGUCUUAUAAGACGAAGAUAUUAUGCCCACUAAAUGGCAAGGUUACCAGGGAAACGAAACGAGUAACGAUUUUGCCUACAGACGCUGAUUUCGUCGAAUAUGAGAUAGUUAUUGAAAAUAUUAUUCCAAACACCUCGAUCGCAGAUGGUGGUCAAUUUCUUUCAGCAGGUCAGGAUAUCAUUGGAGAAGCCGAUAGAUCACCCUGUGAUGACAACAGCAUCCAUGUUUCUGUUCGAAAAAGGUCUUCCGUUGAAACAAAGGAUUCUGACUUUGAAUAUAUAGACCCGUCUCCGUUCUUAGAUCACCUGGUCCCAACACCAGAGUGGAUCUGGGAUUGCAAAGAUUUCACCUACAUUAAUGCUAUCAGUGUCGUCGCAGCCGAUGCCGUUGAUAAGGCUGAGGAAGGAAUUGAAAAAGUAGAAGAGGAACUGUCUCGACUGCGCAUCGAAGGAAGUGAUGAUCUUGGCAAUCAGUUUCCCCCUGAACAACCAAAUUAUCGUCCUCCCGAGUUCCAAGUUGCAACUCCUGACGAUCCAGCCGCUGUUGCUCAAUGGGACAAAUUUAAAGAAGGGUUCAAAGGACUAGUUUCAGGCUUCAAAGACAUAGCCAAACAGCUUUUUGAUUUUUCAGGCAACAGAACUGGACCCAAUCUUCUUGACCUUGUGGAUGUUAAUUCUUACACACUCGGAAGAAUAAAAGAACUUCUCGGAAAGAAAGUUGGAGAGGAAAUGAAAGUUAUUUUUGAUAAACUGAUGGAGCUUCGUUCUUCAAUAACUGCUCAAAAUCUUGAUGGAUUAUCAAUAUCAGACCUCCGUUCUCUACUCUCCAUUUCAUUCAACACAGUGACUGGGUCAAAGUCAAACAUGAUAUCAAGAGUGCUUUCAAAAACGGAAAAUGAUUGCCCAAUGUUUCAAAACAGACUCUCCAAAGGCCCCGGAAAUGUUUGUUUUGUUCAUCGGAGUUGCAAUGAAAUUUCUUGUGCUGUAUUACUUUCUCAUGCAACUCACAAAUUUAUGGCCACCGUUGAUAUCAAGAUGGAUGGAUGUUUAAAACAAAUAACAUUGAAAUCUCGCUCCAAGACAGUUAUUAUAUCUUUUGAAGAUGGUGCGGACAUAGAACAGAGAGUCUCUCUAGUAGAUGUAUCUACAUUAAUGAGUGCCAACCUUGUUGUAUCGAUCUCAUUUGACUGGUCUACACCAAUCAUCUCCAUCUCUGCAGAACUUUGCGUGAACGAUUUUAUCUCAUGCCUUCAUAUUGUACCAGUGUUAUUGAAUUACGAACUCGACACUACCUGUUCUCAAGAGGACGGAAGUAACAGCAAGUUACCAUCUAUGGAUAGCAUAACAGUGCAGGAUUUCAUAGCAGAGCUCUCGGAGCAUCAUCUACUCGAUCAGGACAUUCUGCGAGUAAUUGACACGAUAAGAGAAGCUAUGAUGGAGCAGUUAAUCAACGAUCCUCGGACUAUUCUGAAAAUCUUGGGGAAGGAAUUCAAAAACAAGAUAGACUUUUGCGAAGAAGUAGAUGUGCCAUUUCCAACAGGCGAUUUUUUAAUUGCUAAUGCAACAUUUGGGCCUAUUAUGGCUGGCCCUAUUCCAAUAUACUUCGAGCUUGGAGCUGCCGCAUCCGUUGGGCUAAGAAUACACGUGGGUCUUUGCAUAAAGAAUUGUAAUGUAAAAGGAAUACUAACCCCCUGGUCCGGGGCUAAAGUGUGGGGCGGAGCAUAUGUAGGGUACUUCAUAUUUAAAGCGGGAAUAAGACUUACUGGACACCUUUUAGAAGCACGAUUUCCACUCACAGCAGAAAUAAUAUAUAAUAAGUUUCCUCUUGAUGUAAGAGGAAGCUUGGAUUUGACACUUGCACCAUUACGUCUUAAACUGGAUGCAUACUGCAUGCUAGAUUUUAAAGUCUGCAAUUUAGCAGGAAAAUGUUACAAUGUUACCCUAACAAUUUUUCGUGGAACAAUGUGGACAUUUGCCGUACAACCUAUAUCAGCCAAUAUUUUCACAAAUAUAAAGGACGAAAAAGACACAUCUCCGCCUGAGUUUGUAUCACCUGGUUUAACCAGUCGAAGAAAAAGAGAAACUACAGACAAAUGCAUCAUCAAGCAAAUUUCAGGGCGAAAUCAUAAUGACACUGCAUAUGAAUUACAAAUUGCUGCAGACGAUGACAAGAGCAAGUUGAAGAUAUUUUAUGCUAUUGGAUUACAACAAGGCGGAACCAAUGUUGUAGAUUUUACAGAAAUGGGAGGCUUUUCAGUGCUAGUUGCGACAAAUGACUUGCCUAAUGGAGUACCUUUAUACUGGACUGUAAAAGCUGUAAACACCCAAGGCACUGAUGCCAGAGUGUACUGCAUGCUCCACACAUACGACAACACCUUACCAGAUGGCCGUGUUGAUCCCUCGUAUCUCUUUAGCUCACAUCCAAAUGUUUUGACUGCUACAAUUUCUGUAUUUGAUGAUUCUGAUUUAAAGCAGAUUCAUAGCCAUGCAUUGGGUUAUAGCUCCGGUAAGUACGGAAGCGAGGUUGUGCCUUGGAAAGAUCUCACACUUGGAUCUACAACACUGCGAACAGGAAUUACAGGCAACUUGAAGCAUUUCAGUGUUCCCAAAAAUGGCAAACUAACAAGUAUACCAUUUUCUGUGAACAGUGCCCAUACUCCUGAAGACUGUGCGACUCAAUGUAUUAAAUCAGGACAGCAGUGCGUUUCAUUUGACUACAAUUUUGCCACAGAAUCCUGUGAGCUGCAAAAUGCUGUAGAGAGCCCAAAUGCAAUGUUAAGAAUGAGUGGUGCAUAUGCUAAUUAUGAAAGACUCGGUGUUGGGUACAAUUCUUAUGAGAGAUAUAAUAAUAUUUCUUUGGAACACGGCAUGAUGUAUUUUUUCAAUGCAAGGAUAACUAAUGUUCUUGGAUAUGUUGGAUUUCUCCAAUCAUACGGAACAAUGGUUGAUUUUUCUCCACCGAGCACUGGGUCCCUGGGAACGCAUUACCAAGAGACAUUUUCAGCAGAUGGCUGCAAUGCUUCGGUUGCGCAGCGUUGUGUUGAAGUAACGUGGAAGAAAAACCACCGACAUAUUAUUGACGGGAAAGGAGCCACGACAAUAUUUAAUGGGCACACACCUCUAAAGGAUAAAAUGUACACAAGAUCCAAUCACUAUAUAUCAGUCAAUUUCGAUGGCUUCCAUGAUGAUGAAAGUGGAAUUUACCAAUAUACUUGGGCGGCUGGGAGGGCAGUUUGUUAUGAAGACGUGGUCAAUUUUAGAGAUCCACACGGAUUUCUUCACAGUUCAAAGCACUGGACACACAGUGGAUACGAGAAAAACAUGUUUUUACAAGAUGGAAAAUACUUCAUGACGGUUCAAUGUCUCAAUAAUGUGGUAUUUGGUGGUUCUCUGGUGACAACAGUUUGUCACACUACCCCGUUAACAGUGGAUACAACGCCACCUUUCUUCAAUAGUGUUGGUGAAAUCUAUUUCGAUGAACACUUCGACUUACUUGGUAUAUACUAUAAGGCAGGCGACAACGAGUCAUUUUUGCGGAGUGUAGAUUUCGGACUUGGAAAAACAAAAUAUGACGUUCUUGUCAGAAAAUAUUCAUAUCACGAGCCAAUGAGCGGGGAAGAUGCUCCCUACAUCGUCAUAGAAGAACUUGACUUAGAAGAGGGUGUUCCAGCAUGGCCUAGAGUGCGAGUUGAUAACGGAGUUGGAUUAUUUAAAGCUGAGAGUGGUCCUGAGCCAAUUUUGAUCGACAGAUCGCCUCCUGUAGCUGGUCAAGUGCUUGAUGGUCAUGUUAUACAUUAUGACUUGACUUAUCAAUCCACUUACAAAGAGAUAUGUGCCCAGUGGAAAGGAUUUUUUGAUCCAGAAUCAGGCAUUGAUCAUUUUCGUUGGGGUGUUGGAACUUUCCCGGGGAAAGACAAUGUAGUGACUUUUCAUAAUAUAUCACAUAAUACAAGACAUUCUUGUUCUGAAGUAGUCCUUCAACAUAACACACGGUACUAUUCUACGGUCAUUGUCUUCAACGCAGCCUUGAAUUCUAAAGACUCGAAUAGCACUUCCGAUGGAGUGCUGGUAGACAAAACACCACCCCUCCCUGGAUUUGCAGUAGACGGCCCCAGUUUGUUGAAAGAUACGUCAUUUUCCUCAGAGACAGCCACUAAAAGUGUCACAUGGGAAAAUUUUACUGAUCCAGAGUCCGGAAUAGAAAAAUACUAUGUGUCGGUGUUCAUAAACGAUGCAAAAAUUAAGAAAUUUGAUUCUACAAUAGAAACAUCUUUUAUAGAUCACUCAGUCAGCAUGAAACAUAAUGAUAAAGUUUAUUUCAAAGUUGAAAGCAUUAAUAAAGCAGGUCUUUCCUCUGACGUUAGGACAAAUGGAUAUAUUGUUGAUCACACACCUCCCUAUCUUAUAUCUAUUCAAGACAACGAAAAUGGGGAAAGAUAUCAAGCUGACGAUAAUCUCCUGAAGUUAAGAUGGGAAUUUGAAGACACCGAGUCAGGAAUUAAAGAGUACCGUUAUGCCGUAUUUGAAUAUUUCCAUGGAACAAAAAGACGCUUUUGGCCAAAGAUGGGAAUGUUUCUAACUAUUUUCCCGAGUGCAAAUUCAGGACCUGUUGCUGUAGAUUUCGAUGAACAAAAUCUUGUCGCAGGUGCCAAAUACUCAGUUCAUGUGACAGCUGUUAAUAAAGCUGAACUCUCUACAUCUCACGAAUCAGAUGGAGUAAUUAUAGACCCAACGCCUCCUGUAAUAUCUAAGGUUCACAUAGGAUUACUGGAGGAGGAAGAAGUGAUCGAAAAUGGAUAUAUCCAGCAUCCAAAUUCACAAUCGAUUAGAGUGAGUUGGAUUGGUGAUGACCCAGAGAGUCAUAUCGAUAAAUUCUAUGUUGCGAUAGGAACAAGUCAAGAUGACACGAGUGUGACCCAUGGUUAUAUUGACAUGGCUAAAGAGGUGUCUGCAGAUAUCAAAGUAACUCUUUCAGCAUUUUCCGAAACUGGAGAGAUAUAUUACGUUGCUGCUAAGGCAGAAAAUGGCGCUGGUAUACUAUCCUCACCACAAUUUUCUAAACCAAUAAUGAUCUUAAGAGAAAAUGUACCGGGGAUUAUUUCUGAUGGUCGAAAGCCUUUCAUUGAUGACGAUUACACUAAUGACAGAUUUAGUAUUGCAAUGCAUUUCCAUGGGUUUGAAAGUGAAGCAUGUAAUAUUGUUAAAUAUGAAUGGGCAAUCGGAUCAAAACCGUUCUUUUCUGACAUAAAUGGAUUUACAGAAUACGGCAUCGUUCACAAUGACACCCAUGGAAAAGCACAGACACACGUGCGACUGCAAGAAAAUCAAGCAUAUUAUGCAACAGUUAAAGCAAAGACGGGGCAUAAUUGUCACGAAAUGUAUAUUGUUUCAACUUCCGAUGGAAUGACUGUCGAUCUAAGCCCUCCGAAGAUUUCAAACAUUGCACCAAAGAACGAUGAAGGUGUCAUUUACGACUCUGAUUCUCGGAACAUCUUUCAGUCUUAUAUUGAUUCUUUUGAAUACAAAUGGAAUGUUACUGAUCAGACAGAGUUAAAAUUUGAAAAUUACUCAAUCGGUUCGAUGCCAAUGAUGAAUGAUAUCCUUUUAUUAUCUGUUUCUUCAGAGUCGAAAAUUUCAAGCAAAUUUUCGCCAAAAGCUGGAAAGACCUAUUAUUUGAACGUAUAUACAGAAGAUUCUGUUGGCUUUAUAACGUCUUCAACUUCUGUGCCAAUCGUAGCAGAUAUUUCCCCACCAAUAAUUCAUAAUUUCAGUUGUACAACUAUAAUAUCCAUAAAACAGUCAGCUGUUAAAUGUUCAUGGGUUGUCAUAGAAAUGGAAAGUAAGAUGAAACAAAUUUCUAUCUGCGUUGGAUCUCAAGAAUUUAUGGAUGAUGUCGUUCAAAGUGCUACACUUCCAACUUAUCUAAAUUACUGGACAGCGGAUGUGAAGAAUCAUUCAAAACUAAGCAGCCUUAGUAAUAUUUACGUCAGCCUUACAGUCACCAACGUGAUUGAUCAUUCUACAACUAACAUUUUCAAAAUUGAAAUAGACUUAACACCACCGGUAAUUAAGCAUGUUGAAUUCGUCACUUGGACAAAUCCCGAUAGAAAUCUAACACGGCAGAUUUGUCAACUACCAUGGUCUUAUGUUGAUGUCAAUGUGUUGGAUCUGGAAGACGAAGAAUCUGGAAUAGAUAGAGCUGAAAUUUGUUUAGGAAGUGAACCGGCAACAGACAAUAUAGAAUCAUACCAGGAAAUGGAAGAUACGUAUAUGACAGUAGAUAAUAUCUUUGUCCCUUCCGGAACAAAGAUAUAUGCGACAGUAAGAGCGUACAACAAAGUAGGCCUUCACAGUAUCGUCACAUCAGAGCCUAUAGUUGUAAGUCCAGAUCCUACAAUUGAGGUUUUUGAUGGAAAAGGAGAAAAAGAUUGGGAUUUUCAGAUUGAUUUAAAUUUAAUUCAAGGGUCUUAUCGGUACUCUGAUAAUUGCCCAAUUAGAGAAGCUCGAUGGUCAGUAGAAGACUUAACAGGAACAAUCAUCCAAAAUUACACUGAUGUUCCUGGUAAUGGGUUUGUUUUCUACAAUGAUCACCUAAGUUUGAAGAAUAAUUACAUUUACUAUGUUAAGGUUAAAAUAACGGAUGCUCUUAAUCGCACGAAAGUUGGAAUUUCGGAUGGCAUUACAGUUAGAAUCCAGCCACCAGUUUCAGGAAUCGUAAGAGAUGGACUUGAUGUCGAGGAUAUCGAUUAUCAGGAAUCAAUUACAGAGCUUUCAGCAAACUGGAAUGAUUUCGGUGAUGAGGCUUCUGGGGACCCUACACAGAAAAUGGAUUAUUAUGAAGUAUCCAUUGGCGAUGACACACGAAAUCAUAUCACUCGAACUAAUAUUCAUUAUUAUAUCAAUGUUGGCCUUAAUAAAAGUUACACAUUUUCCGGUUUAGACCUGACGCCCAAAACAGUGCGGUAUUACAUAACUGUAAGGGGAUACAGUAUAACAGGAGCUUUUGCAGAAAGCUAUUCCAAUGGUGUUCGAGUUGGAUUCAACCCAGGAAUAUUACCAGGAGUGAUAGAAUCAGAAGACGUGCAAUCAAGUACCAGCGAAAUAUCCGUUUCAUGGAGUGAAUUUAGCUCAGACAUAGGAAUUAAAGAAUAUUACAUUGCUGCAUCUACAGAUUUAGUUGUCAAUAAUAACAUCACAUUCCCAUGUUCUGACUUGCAGAACUUUUCCUCUCAGUUUGACAUAGUCCCACCCAAGUUAAUUGGCCUUGACACUAUUCAAACUCUCAAAAAUCUCACGCUGAAUCAUGGGAAGUCUUAUUAUGUUACUGUCAUCGCUAGUGAUGAAGUAGGAAAGUGUUCUUCCACGAAAAGUAGGCCCAUUCUUGUUGAUACUACUCCACCAAAUCAAAGUAAUGUGACCAUCAUGGUGAAUAGAUGGAAUGUGACAGGACGAGAUAAGUUUUUUGUUACCGAUUCCAAUGAAAUAGACAUCAAACUACUCAAUUUGAUCGACCCAGAGAGUGGAAUUAAUGUUGUUACUUUCCGUUUAUAUGCAUAUUCGGAUUGCCCGGCUUCAAAGACCUCAUCCACUUAUAUUGUAGAAGAAAUACAGGCAAUAAAUGAUGCGAAAGUUACAAUGACACGUUUAGGGUUAGAAUCGAAGAGAUAUUAUUAUAUUACCAUAACAUCAAGUAACAAUGCUGGUCUUGAGUCCUAUUUGGAAACCCCAGUAAUGCUUUUAGAUACCGGUUCACCACUUGUGGGAUCAGCCAUUGUUGGAGAUGGCUGGGGACAAAAGGCAUUGUAUCAAUCUUCCACAUCAAAGAUUACGGCUUGGACAGCAAUUGCAAGAACAGAAGAUGCAUACGAAUGUGAUAAUACAAAGACCAUAUUCCCACCUGAUGAAAGCACUGUUUGGGACUCGCUCGCAGGAGAUUUUUCAACAGGAAAUGUAUUGAAAUAUAACGAUCGUUGGGUUUUAAAAAUAGGAUAUGAUAUUCCACUUACAACAGUAUUGAAAAGUGGAAUUUCAAGAGCAAUAGGACGAUUACAGAAUGGAGUUUACUCAACUUUCCUAUCGACAGCAAAAGGACGGAACAUUUCGACAUCUUUUAUCGUAUCAAUUUCAAGCAACAUUCCAUAUUUUCCUCUAGAAUUUACACGUCUGCUGCCAACUGACUUUAGCAAAGUUAAUUUCAAUACCUCAGGCAAAUCAAGCAGCAAGAAUAUUUCAUAUCCCACUAACAAAACAGAAAACUGGAUACCAGAAAUACAGAAUUCUUCUUCCUCUUACUUGGUCAAUAAAACUGGAUUGACAAACAAAAGCGAUAAAAAAUAUCUUCCCAGCGGAUUUGGAUUUGAAAUACUAGGAGAUCAGCAAGAAGAAAGCGAUGUUUGGGAUUGCUUGUUCUGGGCAAAAGAUGAUUAUGAGGAAUUUCAUAGGUGGGUUCAAAUACAGAAAGACCCAUUUGAAAAUCAGCAUGAAUAUAGCAUUCAAACUAAGCAGAGAAAUUCAGACGACAAAAGAGUAUGGGAUUUGGAAUUUGCAGUGGACGGAGAUCUAAAGGCCAAUAUUUAUGGAUUAUCAUUUGAUUCAACUGACCUUAACAUAUUCGUACACACCUGGAAUUUUGACAACUACGAAGAACCAAUAAUUGAUCCAAUACAUCCAUUUCGAUCCCAAGCUGUACUAACAAAAAUAAAAAUUCCUACCAAUGAAACUUUAGAUUGCAUAUAUGGAAAAGGUUUUUAUGAUGGUGAAAGUGGAAUCGCUGAAAUAUGGGUAGGAAUUUCGGACAAUGUAGAGAGACCAGGAAAUAUUAAAGAAUUGGAAUUGUUUAAAAGGUUGUGUACACCUUGCUUGUAUAGCUGCAAUUUUAGUUGUGAUGCAAAUUGUUCUUCCGAAGAUGGGAGUUUGCCAGAAUUCGAAAAAAUUCCUCUCACUUUAGUUGAUCUAGAUUUGAAGUUUACAGUAUUAUCUAAUGAUGGAUUAAAUACAAGUGUUGAAACAGAGAUUGUCAACAUGACUGAAUAUUACGUUAAUGUAAAAAUGGUUAAUUUUGCUGGACAACCAGUUUCAACCAUUACAAAUCCAGUUAUUAUUGACAUUACACCACCAGUUUGUGAAUAUAUACGAUGUUUAGAUCCUGUCGUUACUGGGAUGAAUACACCAACAGAUAAACUGGGUUCUAAUAAGAGCGUUGGUGCCUAUUGGUUAUGUGAAGAUAAUAUCAGUGGAAUUAAGAAAUAUUUUGUCAAAGUGGGAACAGAAACUUCUGACAAAGGCAACAAAGAAGACGAAAACAUGAUCCCACAAAAAGAUAUAGGAACUGUUUCUAAAAUACGAUUGGACUUGGAUGAUGACAUCUUUUUUGAAAACAAAAAGACUUACUUUGUUAAUCUAAUAGUCAUUAAUGGUGCUGGACUUGCAACGGUGUAUAGCUGCAGCAUAUCAACUAUGCUAACUCCUCCUGAUGUUUCCGAUGUAGAUUCAAAUAUGAUGAACUCGGCUAUGAUAGAUGAAGAAACGGGAACAGCUUUCAUGGACUCUCUAGACCGAUUUGGAGUUAAGUGGAAAAACAAGAAAAACGACACCAAGUAUUACAAAUGGAAAAUGGGGACAUCUAAAGAUGGAACGGAUAUAAUUCCCUCAUCUGUAAUAGGCGUCACAAAUGAAGGAACAGCGGAAAUAAUAGGUGGCGAACUGUGGUUAAACGGCGAAAAAACGGGAAAAUCUUUAGCCGCUUUUGCUCCGGAGACCUGGGGAAAUAUGACCGGAUCAGAGGUUGACAAUGUGGAAAAUAACUUCCGUUUCCAAAUGGAACCUGGACGAUGCGUAUUUCUUUCCCUGGUUGCUUUUGGAUAUUCUAACUUAGAGACGACAAUUUCAUCUCAAAAACUGUGCUUUGAACGAAAAGACAGAGACUUGAUUUUGAAUGGAGAAAGCGAGAACAAAACAACCAUUGCUUUGGUAUCCAGUUCUAAAUUCAAGGAAGUUUCAGAAGGUGACAGGAAUGAGCAAGUUGUAAUAGAUAUUAAAGGUAAAAUCAGCGGCCUUUCCAUCGGUUCUCUAGCUGAAUCUGAUUUAAUGGCAGACUAUGGGUCGGCAUCAGCCUCUGAUUUUCAUAGUUACUUGACAAAUCCGAGUACCACGAAUUGGGCAUCAACACGAGAUAUCCGUAAUAGAAUUGUGAAACCUCUUGGAGUCAAUUUUUUCAUAGCACCAACGCAGACAAUGGAAGUGGAAUUUAUUGAUGUUGAGUUUAAAAUUAACAUGACAGAUUUUGAUAAUUUAACAGUACCCGCACUUCUUCUUUGGGAUAGCUUCACAUUUAACUCUGAUACAAAAACGUAUGGUAUAUGGCGUCAUGUUGGGGGAAACUGUGGUGGAGACAUCAAAUCGCCUAUCAUUGGGGAAAAUGUUUAUAAAACAAAGAUCUGCCAAGAAACCUUCGAAACGUCAUCAAGAAAACGAAGAUCUACAAAAUUUCAAAUGUCGAAUCCGUACCAGUACACAUUAACUGUGAUGAACAAAUCUUUCUACAAUUCACCACCAGAGGUCGACAUAGAUGCUAUACAGAUUUUGGAGGACACACCACUCAUUGAUUUUCAGAUACCUUACUAUGAUAACGAAAUGGAUUCCGUACAAUUUUACCUUCGUGAAAUGUCAGAUUUUGGUUUUGUUAAUCUAACAUCUGAUGGUAAAUUGAGUUAUUACCCAAAAGAAGACUUUUUUGGAAACGACAGCGUUAAAAUAGCUUUGAAAGACGAUACUGAAAAUUCUACAAUUGUGAAUAAAACUAUUUUGAUUGAAGUAGAUGAAGUUAAUGAUAUGCCGAUGUUCGGAUAUCUGUAUAACGACUCUUCUUUUAAUGUUAUGAAUAAUAAAAGUUUGGCCAUCAUUCUGGAAGGGAACACAACAUCUCAUCAUCUGUUUAACUUUGUUUUUGCAGAUGUUGACAAAAAGGAAACUCUCUCUUUUAUUUCUAGCUUGAAUAAUACAGCGGACGUCCACAUAACCACUACGCGCAUUGAUGAUGAAUGGAUUUUAAAUGAAACUUUCAGAUUUGAAAAUAUAAGAACACAUAGUGAAUACUCGGCCGAUAUGGUUACCAAUAAAACAUUCCAUGGUGACUUAUUUUAUUACAUCUUAGGGUUUGAUAGUCACAACUUUUUCACCGAGCGAUUGGAGACUCAUAUUUUUAUUCUCUUGUCUCCUUGUGUCCAUGGUUUUUGUUCUCCCAAGUUUACAUUUUCUCCAUCUUGUCAGGAUACUUCAAGAGCUGCAUCAUUUGAUUCUUAUAAAUGCACGUGCUAUCCAGGAUACAUGGGUGUGUGGUGUGAAAAUGAAGUUGACGAAUGUCUGCAGCAACCUUGUGGUGUUUUCUUCAAUUGUGAAGAUAAGAUCAACAGUUACAGAUGUAGCUUCAAACAAGAGGCGAUAGCUGGUCUGAUAGUAGUGGGCUUAGUGAUUAUAACAUUAAUUGCCAUUUUGUAUCGAUUCUUCUUCUGCAAUGCAAAGACGUAUAGAAUCGUACACGACAGAGGCGAAACAUUUGAUGAAUCCAAUGACAAUCUUCUGAUUGGGUUUAGAAUUCUGCCUUCUAACGCCACUGAUUUACAACCUCACCAUGAAAAAAUUGAAUUACCACUACAUGAUGUAGUUGAGGCCCCGCGAGGAAUUUCAACAAGAUCGGAGGAUGUUACAGCAGUCACACAAUUGGUUGGUGGGAAUGACCAAGAUUACAUUAAACACAUCGAAACAGGUUUUUCUAGAAAAGACACUGUCAAUGAUUUAUCAAAGAAAACACAAAUGGAAAGUAAAGACAAAGGGAAACCAUUGUUUGCAACGAUAAAGCAAAAAUUCGAAAAGAAGUUAGUGCAUGGGAUUCCUUACUCAGAUCCAAUUGUUGUGCACAAAAAUCCUUCUCACUCAUUCGAAGUCCAUGGAAUCCAUCCUUCAGAUGAUGAAUCUAUUGAAUCCUAUGAAGCGUUAGAGGAUAAGAUGAAAGAGGUACAGUAAAACACGCUUAUAACUAAGUGCCAGGGACGUUUAAAGAGUAAUUUGUUAUAUCUUAUAAACAAUAUGUAUAAUAAUAACACAUGGAAUGAAGAUAUCUAUUUGCUGUUAAUAUCAAUUCAUUACAAGCGUGUUCGCUAUAACUGUGUUUUACUGUACAUGUAAAACCUUCAACAGAAACACAGCUGGUUUAUUGUCAUCUUUAGUUUUUAUGUACCAUAUAAUUUACCAUAUCUAUAAACAUAUUUUAUCUUUUCUCUGUUUGCUUUAAUAUUUAUCAUCUGCUUAUUUACACAUUAAACUU